UUCCCCUUCUCGGUUUUCUUUGUGCUUGAUAGUAAUGGUCAGACCUUCUUUUGUGUGCACAAGAUAAUAAUGCUUCAUAGAAGGUUAAAGAAUAUGAGAUCUUUCUUUGAUCCCCCCAUAGCUAUUGUUUUCAUGGUUUGCAUAGUUUCUCAUUAUAUAGUCUGGGAAGCAAACCAGACUUCUCCGAGGACAGCAAGAAGGAAGAACGCAUUCUUUACCUCGAAUCUCAGCUUUGCAGAUUCUUCAGAUAUUUUCUCAAUUAGCUGAGGCACAAGGCCUUCUGAAACUGAACGACUUUUCCGAUUUGCCCCAAGUUGAAUGGCAUAUACGCAGUCGAGUGCCACAGGUAAAAUCUUUCGGAGCAGGGAUUUCUUCAUGACCAUCAAAAUCAGAUCUCGUCUUCUGUCAAUGUAGAUCUUUGUGCCAUUUCUAGAACAGAUUGAAUGCUUCGCAAGGCGUGGUGGGUUUUCUGUUCUACUAGAAAAAAAACAUCAUAUUCAUGUUGUUUUUGGCUUUGUUAUUCUUUUUUGAGGUGACUCGAGUCCUGUUAAAUGGAAAAAAAGAAUGUAUGCUUAAUUCAUUCUUUUCCAUUUGGCACCAAAUCACCGUAUGUCAUUCAUGUCGAUGGAAUUAUGCCCAAAUUAAUGUACCUCUUCACUCUUUCUAGUUUCAGGGGUUUGCAAUCUUUUUCUUUCACCUGUUUAGAUAUGAGUCAGACUGUCAAGGAAGUUGCGAUUACCAUAACGACUAAGAUGAACAACUUGCCUCCUGUAUCCACCGAGUGUUGCAUCUAUCGAGUGCCUGAGAAGUUCCGCAGAGCAAACGUAGAGGCCUACACACCUCAAGUCAUCUCCAUUGGGCCGUUCCACCGUGAUAACACAGAGCUUCAGUCGAGUGAGGAGAUCAAACUGAGAUACUUGAAAGGCUUCCUCCGUCGCAUUAGGGCCGACCUCCUUGCUUGUACCAGAAUGAUCAGGGAAUCGGAAGACUGCAUUCGGCAAUGCUACCAAGAAAAUCUCACCCAAGGCAGCGACGAGCUCGUAGAAAUGAUCUUAGUGGACGCAGAUUUUGUAGUUGAGCUUUUCAUAAGGAACCAUUACGUUGAGCACCGAGACGAGAACGAUGAGAUCUACAGCAAGCAGUGGAUGAGCAACGGCGUAUUCCAUGACAUCCUGCUGCUGGAAAACCAAGUCCCAUUCUUUGUCCUCGAGAAUCUCUAUAACCUCACCGCAUUGAGGACCACUGUCACAUUCUUCAAGCUCAGCUACGAAUAUUUCAAAGAAGUCCUGCAUGGGCACGAGCUCGCAAGCACGAGAGUUCAGGUAAAGCACCUGGUGGACUACGUGCGAGCCCUGCAACUGCCCUUGUUCGCGCGGGGCGUAAUGUCCAAACAGGUCAAGAAAUUCGAGCUGACUCGGAGUGCAAAGGAGCUGAAAGAGGCCGGCGUCAAGUUCAGACGGGGCGAGGGAACUUCCUCCGUGCUUGAUGUUGUCUUCAAGGACGGGACCCUGGAGAUGCCACGCGUGGUUGUGCACGAGUGGACAGAGGUGUACUUCAGGAACAUGAUUGCGUACGAGCAGUGCCACCACGAAUACAAGUACAUCAGCAGCUGUGCCAUCCUCAUGGACAGCCUCAUCAACAUGCCUGAAGACAUCGACAUUCUAAUCGGCUGUGGAAUUUUGGAAAAUCAGCUUGGGAGCACGGACGCCGUGGCUAGUCUCAUCAAUGGCAUGUACAGGGAGACCAUGAGGGACUCCAGCAAGUUCCUCUACUCGAGCCAGUGUGAGAGCCUGAACAUGUACGGCCGGACCCGGUGGCACCGGAUGAAGGCUGCGUGGUACCAGUGGAGGGUCAUCCUCAAGCGAGACUACUUCAGCAACCCGUGGUCUGGGGUCUCCGUGGUUACGGCGGUGGUGCUGGUUGUUCUCACCUUGGUGCAAACCGCGUGUUCCUUUUUGGAUUUUUACGCGGGCGACACCUGGAGAUUGUUCCGUCGGCGCAAAUAGAAAGUCUCAAACUGGAUUUCCGUAUCCAAAACACACUUGUCAGUGGCCGCAUCACUUUUGAAAUAAAUCGUAAAGACCGCAAAGGAGAUCUUGAUGAAGCCCUGUAUAACUAUUGACUUGA